GUGCUGUUGAAUUUCAAAAACCUGUCACAGUUCAGAAGACAGAGCUAGUUUAAGGUUGGAGAGAAACCGAUGUGAGACAGCGCAAAACUUCUCCAAAACAUCAAUAACCCACAUCCUUAUUUGACAGCAGGAAAUGUAUCAUCAACUGGCCUUACUUCUGCAGAUUCUACUGUUGUCAAGAGGCAUCCACCCCAUGGAGGAAUGCCCCAAAACAAUUGUGAACACAUGUGGUGACUGCAUCCGUGCUGGACCCUUCUGCAUGUGGUGCAAUCAACUGAACUUCACCAAGACGGGCGAACUGAAUGCAGCACGUUGUGAUACCAAGGACCUGCUGGUGAAGAAGGGCUGUGACCCCAGCAACAUCAUCUCUCCCAACAGCUCCCACUUCCUGGAGAGGAAUGAGCCCCUGUCAAAGGGCACACCACAAACGGAGCCCAUCCAGCUCCGCCCACAGGAAGUCACGCUGAUGCUCAGACCUGGUAAGCCGCACACCCUCCCGUUCAGGUUCAAACGGGCUAAAGACUAUCCUGUUGAUCUUUACUACUUGAUGGACCUAUCCUACUCCAUGAAAGAUGAUUUGGAAAAUGUGAAGAAUCUUGGAGAGCGUCUACUGGAAGCUCUGGGGAAGAUUACGUCUCAAGCUCGCAUAGGCUUUGGUGCAUUUGUUGAUAAGACUGUCCUCCCCUUCACAAACACCAACAAAAAAGCACUGAACAAACCCUGCCCGGAGGAAGCGAAAUACUGCCAGCCUGCCUUUGGCUAUCGGCAUGUGCUCAGCAUGACAGAAAACAAGGAUGAUUUUAAGCAGAGAGUAUCCUCCCUGCACAUCUCAGGGAACCUGGACAUUCCAGAGGGCAGUCUGGACGCCAUCAUGCAGGCUGCAGUCUGUGAGAAUGAAAUAGGCUGGGGAAACAGCACUCGCCUCCUGGUCCUGACCACCGAUGCUGGCUUCCACAUGGCAGGGGAUGGAAAGCUGGGCUCUAUUCUUCUCCCCAAUGACUGCAAAUGUCAUAUGAGUGAAGAUAUGAUGUACAGCAAAGGCAAUGAUUUGGACUACCCUUCAGUGGGACAAGUGGCACGGAAGUUAAUGGAAAAGAACAUCCAAACAAUCUUUGCAGUCACUACAAAGGUUCAGCCUAUUUACGAGAAAUUGAAAGAGAUCAUUCCUAGGUCUGAAGUUGGUGAGCUUUCUGAGGACUCAGAGAAUGUUGUGACUCUUAUUGAGAGAGCAUACAAGCGUCUCUCCUCCAAAGUAAUUGUGACACACGAGGAUCUGCCCGAACACAUCACAAUCACGUACACAUCAAACUGUGCCAAUGGAGCCCAGCCAAGCUCAAGAGGGACAUGUGACAAUGUGACAAUUGAUCAAGAGGUUGAGUUUAAUGUGACAGUGAUGGCAGAGGAAUGCUUUGGAACAAAGUCCUUUCACAUCAUAGCUCCAGGUUUCCGAGAGAAGAUGAAAGUUACCGUGACAACGCAGUGCGAGUGCGAUUGUGGCAAUACUCUCAUAAACCAUACACACUGCAACAAUCAUGGAAAUAGCAGCUGUGGAAUAUGCAGUUGUGAGAGAGGCUAUGUGGGCCAGGGGUGCGAGUGCAAGCUUGGAGACAAAGCUGAGAGCGAGCUGAAGAUGGAAUGUCAGCGGGAUAACAGCACUGAGUGCUCGGGAAGGGGAAGCUGUGUGUGUGGGGUCUGUCAGUGCGAUGCCAGUACGGACGGCAUGGCCAUCUACGGCACACACUGCGAAUGUGACGACAGAAGCUGUGAGGUGUACCAGAACAAGAUAUGUGGAGGUAAGGGACAGUGUGACUGUGGCACAUGCAAAUGCAACCUCGAUUUUGAGGGAAGCGCUUGUCAGUGCAGGAAAUCUACAGAAGGCUGUCGGAAUGGCAAUGACGGGAGUGUGUGCAGUGACAGGGGAAAGUGUGAGUGUAACAGGUGCCAGUGCCAGGAGGGAUACCAGCCACCGUUCUGUGAAGAGUGCCCUGCCUGCUCCUCCCCUUGCCUGAACUUAACGAGUUGCAUUGAGUGUCUGGGUUUUGAGACUGGUGAGUUCAGUAAGAACUGCACCAAGUCCUGUUCACACAUCGAGAACAUUCAAGAUAAGAGUGAGGCAGUUCCUAAGGGAUGGGAUCGAGGGUCUUCUUGGUGGAAUUGCAAGGAAAGGGACACAAAUAAUUGCUGGAUGCUCUUCACCAUAAAACAGCAGGAUGGUUUUAACAGAUACAAGGCCUGGAUAAACUCAGUAAGAGAAUGCCCUGAGCCCCCAGGCAUUGGCACCAUCAUAGGUGGAGUGUUUGGCAGCGUGGCCCUGAUUGGACUUGUCGUGUUUUCCAUUAUUAUCUGUCUGAUACGUGCCCAGGACCGUAAAGAAUGGAAAAACUUUGAAAAAGCCAGGAAAGCAGAGCUAUGGGGACCAAAUAGUGAAAUAUUCAAGACUGCAACAACAACAGUGAAGAACCCCCUACAUGACGGAGACUGAUCCAUGGCAUUAAGUAAAGCACAGGGCAUUACAUUAUCCUGAAACAUGCACUGGGAUUAAACAUGCAAUGUCCAGUCAGAUAGCACUGGCAGAUGAUUUAAAAGAUUAUGACAUAUUGACUCAGAUGUAUAUUCUAAUGUUUGUUCUAUAAGUUUUAAAUGGCAGCCAUUCAAAUGAUGAAGCAGUAUUAAAAAACAUUAUCAGUUAAUAACAAAUUAAA